AUGAAAUCUUUUGGAGCAAAACUAAAAGGAUUAGUAAGCUCUGGUCCAAGCUCAGUUGAUUUAAACUUUGAAACAGCAAGAAAAGAAUAUACAACACUCAAUGAAACUAUUACUAAAACCUAUGAAUCUUUAUUAAAACAUGAUAAAAAUUUACAAAAAACCUUUAUUCAUCCAAGUAGUUUGAAUAAGAAUGUUCAAAAAUAUUUCCCAUCUUCACAUCCACUUACUCAAUAUACAACUGAAGUAAAUAAAACUAUAGAAGCAAGUUUUAAUGAAUGGACUCAAAGUCAAAAAGCAAAUUAUGAUUAUAUUCAACAAUAUUUAGCAAGAUCUAAAUUUAUUAAAGAUGCAAUUUCUGAUAGAGAUAAAUUAUUGGAAGAAGUUGAUAAGAGUGCAUCAAAGAUAAAAUCAUUAAAAGAGAAACCAUCAAAAGAAAUUCAUAAAUUACAACAAGAACAAAACAAUUACAAUGCAAAGAGAGAAUCAUUUAUAAUUGCCAAUCAAAAGGCAUUAUCUGAUAUAUCUCAAUUCUUUGAGGAUAAGAUUGAUUACUUUGAAUGGCCACUUCAAAAUAUUCUUUUAUCAUUAAGUGGUUUAUUCUCAACAAUCUCAUCAAGUCAUGAUCAAAAUUCUCAUUUCAUUCAACAAACUCCACCAUAUUAUAAUCCAGUAAUUGAAUUUUUAGGUCAAUCUACAACUAUUCCAUCUAUAGAUGAUUCUCCUGUAUCAAGUAAUCCAAGUAGUGGUAGUAGUGGAGGUUUAAAUAAUAAUGUUACUAAUAAUGUUCAAAGACCAUCACCACCUCAAUCAAAUGGCGCUCCACCACCACGUCCAGUUUCUUCAGCUCCACAACCAUAUCAACCACAACCACAACAAGUUGGAAGUUACCAACAACCAAAUCAAUAUCAACAACCAUCACCACCACAACAACAACAAUAUGGGGAAUAUGAACAACAACAACCACCACAACAACAAUAUAGACCACCACAACCACUUCGUCAACCAUCACCACCAAAUCAACAACAAGUACCAUCUCGACCUGCUCCACCACCAGGUGCUAAAUCAAUGUAUCCAACUCCACAACAAUAUGGUGGUGGUGCUGCUCCAACUCCACAACAACAACAGGCACCACCAAGACCUGUUGGUGGUAUACCUUCUCCAUUUGGUAAACCACCAGGUGGUGCUGCCCCACAACAAUAUCAACCACCACAACAAUAUGCACCACCACAACAAUACCAACCACCACAACAAUAUGCACCACCACAACAACAACAACAACAGCAAGCACCACCUCGUCCAGUAUCAUCAACAUUUAAACAAGGUCCAACCUAUCCAGUACCAAAACCAGCAGGUGGCGUACCACAACCAUCACAACAACAAAUGAAUCAAAUGGGUGGUUUUGCAUUAAAUGCUGCAAGAAAUCCUGCUGUACAACAAGGUGCUAUGAAUGCUGCUAGAAAUCCUGCUGUACAACAAGGUGCAACAAAUGCCAUCAACUCUCAAGGGUUUUUAA